UGACGAAGUAUCAAUUAAACUUAAAAAAUAAAAACUAAUACAAACAUGUAAACUAUUUCCUAUGUGAAAAAUUAAACUGACAUAAGGUAGACUGGUGAUGUAAAUAUUGUAUUGGUAUUAAAGUCUAGUAAGUCUAGUAAAUCAGUCUAGUGUCAGCUGUUUUUUUUUUUUUUUGCCUAGGCCCCUAGAAGACUAGAAAUCACCACUGAGUGACUUAAGUGACACAACUUAUCUUCUCUAUUGAAGUUUUCAUUGUGUACACCUACUUCUCUGAGGGGAUGGAGGAGCCAGUUGUUGUGUUCAGGUCUCAUGGAAACAGUCAAAUACCAACAUUAUCAGCAGUGAGAGGCUCAGACACUGCAGAGACUUCAGGACAAUGGAGGAAUUAGCAGGCAGACCAAUCAAGAAAAAAGUUGUGGCAGUGGUGGGCGGUGGUUUGGUCGGGGCACUGAAUGCCUGCUUCUUUGCCAAAAGAGGCUUUGAUGUUGAAGUCUUUGAAAGUAGAGAAGAUAUCCGGAAAGCCAAAAUUGUGAAGGGGAGGAGCAUCAACCUGGCUUUGUCUCACAGAGGCCGGCAAGCACUGAAACGUGUCGGGAUGGAGGAUAAGAUUGUCUCCCAAGGAAUUCCCAUGCAUGCAAGAAUGAUCCAUUCACCAAGUGGGAAACAGUCUCCAAUCCCUUAUGGCAAGAAAGGCCAGUACAUCCUGUCAGUGGACCGAGCCAAUCUGAACAAAGAGCUGCUAACAGAGGCAGAGACAUAUCCAAACACAAAGCUGAACUUCGACCACAAACUGCAGGACUGGAGUGCCGAAACAGGGCUAAUGACCUUUGUCAGGGCAGACGGAUCCAAUGACCAGAUCAAGGCCGACCUAAUCGUAGGCUGUGACGGAGCUUUCUCUGCCAUCCGCAAGCAAUUCCUCCGUCGCAGCCGCUUCAACUACAGCCAGACCUACAUCCCCCAUGGCUACAUGGAGCUCACCAUGCCGCCCAUCGAUGGAGAGUUUGCCAUGAAGCCGAAUUAUCUGCACAUCUGGCCGCGAAACACAUUUAUGAUGAUCGCCUUGCCCAACUUGGACAAGACAUUCACCUGUACCCUCUUCAUGCCCUUUGAUGAGUUUGAGAAGAUCACCACAGGAGAUGAAGUCAUUGAGUUUUUCCAGAAAUACUUCUCUGACACAAUACCACUAAUAGGAGUUGAUGCACUCAAGAGGGAUUAUUUCCGAUUGCCUGCGCAGGCCAUGGUGUCUGUCAAGUGCUCCCCGUAUCACAUUAACGAUAAAUGUGUCCUGAUGGGCGACGCAGCCCACGCAGUGGUGCCUUUCUAUGGGCAGGGGAUGAACGCUGGCUUUGAGGACUGCAUUGUCUUCGACGAAAUAUUGGAACAGUUAAAUGAGGAUUUCAGUGCUGUACUGCCCGAGUAUACCAGAGUGAGAGUUCCCGACGACCAUGCAAUUGCAGACCUGGCCAUGUACAACUACAUUGAAAUGCGAGCACAUGUCAACUCCAAAUGGUUCCUUUUCAGAAAACAUGUCGAUAACGUCCUUCACUGCAUCAUGCCAAAGACAAUAAUUCCACUUUACACAAUGGUCACUUUCACUAGGACAAGAUACCAUGAAGCCGUGAAGCGCUGGCAUUGGCAAGACAAAGUGAUAAACCGUGGCCUGCUGUUCAGUGCUACAGGAGCUGUUUUGGGAGGCUCAUACCUGCUCAUUAAAAAUCCUCCAGAUAUAAACAAGCUCAUCAUCCCUGCUGAGAAAAUGUGGAACAGGCUUCUGGCCCUACGGACAUCUUGAGCACUGGCAGGCCCUCUGAUCUGACAGACAAGUGUUAAGACUGGUGUGUUAAACACUAGAAGCAAUUUAGGGGGUCUGGAUUUUAAUUAGAGUUUGAUUGAGUCCUCUAAUUCACAAUGAAGGCCCUGCUAGGCAAAUUAAUGUACUGUAGUAAUGAUUGUUGAAACUUCCAUCAUUAUAUAUAUCAUACCAUUAUCCAUCAUAAUGAUUGAUAAUAUAAUUUGAACUGUAACUGAUUUGGCUGGAGGUCUCCAACAGCAGAUUUUUUUAGUCUUUAGAUUUGAUUUUCAUUCCAUCAUCAUCAUUAUUUGCACAAUUUUUAAUUUUCAAACAAAAUGUCAGUAUUAAACUCAGGAUCGGGGGCAGGGCCAAGGACAGUGGUUCCAAAGUGAGGUCUGGGGACUACCAGGGGUCCUUGGAGGGGUUCCUGGGGGUCCUCAGCAAAAAGGGGAAUAAUUUAUUUUCACUAUAAUUCAAUCCAUGAAUAACACAAUGACAGAAUGUAUGACUAUUUUACUCAUGGGUUUCAAACACUUUCUAUAAGAAUGGUAAAAAGUUUAAGUAGCACUGGUCUGGGGUAUAUUUGUAUGAAUUUAUUCUGAUGCUUAUAAGAAUUGCAAAUAAAUAAUAAUAAUAAAUGUU